GGGCAGCCCCGCCAGGAGGCCGCGUGGGCGUGGCCCUUGCGUCCUAGGGCGCUAGGGACGCCGGGAUCGCGGCGCGCAAACGGCGAAGGCGGUUGCUGCGCUCGGUACUGGGGUAGCUGUCUGAGGCGCAGGCGCCGAGGAAUCUGCCAGCCCCGUGCCUCGGCUCGCAGUCUACUAGACAUGGCGACCGAGCCGAGGCCUUACCACCUGGUGGUGUUGGGCGCCUCAGGCUUCACCGGCCAGUUUGUGGCCGAAGAGGUAGCCCGGGAGCAGGUGGACCCGGAACGGAAAUCCCGCUUACCCUGGGCCGUGGCGGGCCGUUCCCGGGAGAAGCUGCAGCGAGUCCUGGAGAGGGCUGCCCUGAAGAUGGGAAGACCGACACUACCGUCUGAAGUUGGAAUAAUAAUUUGUGAUGUCACUAAUCCAGCCUCACUUGGUGAAAUGGCUAAACAGGCAACAGUUGUCCUCAAUUGUGUAGGACCAUAUCGAUUUUAUGGAGAACCUGUAGUAAAAGCUUGUAUUGAAAAUGGAACUAACUAUAUUGACAUCUCUGGAGAACCUCAGUUUCUGGAACUAAUGUAUUGGAAGUAUCACGAGAAAGCUGCAGAAAAGGGGGUUUAUAUCAUUGGAAGCAGUGGCUUUGACUCCAUUCCAGCAGACCUGGGAGUAUUAUAUACCCGAAAUAAAAUGAACGGUACUUUGACUGCUGUGGAAAGUUUCCUGACUAUACAUUCAGGACCUGAGGGGUUAUGCAUUCAUGAAACUACCUGGACGUCAGCAGUCUACGGUUUCGGAGAUCAGUAUAAUUUGAAAAAACUACGAAAUGAGUCAAAACUGAAACCUAUCCCAUAUGUUGGUCCAAAAUUAAAAAGAAGAUGGCCAAUUUCCUACUGUAGAGAACUCAGCAAGUAUGCCAUUCCUUUCUUGGGAGCUGAUGUGUCUGUUGUGAAGCGAACUCAGCGUUAUGUUCAUGAAACUUUAGAGGACUCACCAGUUCAAUAUGCUGCUUAUAUAACGGUGGGAGGCAUCACCUCUGUUUUUAAGCUGAUGUUUGCAGGACUUUUCUUUUUAUUCUUUGUGAGGUUUGGCAUUGGAAGGCAACUUCUCAUAAGAUUCCCAUGGCUCUUCUCCUUUGGUUAUUUUUCAAAACAAGGUCCAACACAAAAACAGAUUGAUGCCUCAUCAUUUACAAUGACAUUCUUUGGUCAAGGAUAUAGCCAAGGCCUUGCUACUGAUAAGAGCAAACCAAAUAUCAGAAUUUGUACUCAAGUGAAAGGACCAGAGGCCGGCUAUGUUGCUACUCCCAUAGCCAUGGUUCAGGCAGCCUUGACUCUUCUCAAUGAUGCCUCUGAUCUUCCUAAGGUGGGCGGGGUCUUCACACCUGGAGCAGCUUUUUACAGAACGAAGUUGAUUGACAGACUCAACCACCGUGGCAUUGAAUUUAGUGUCAUUAGCAGCUCUGAAGUGUGAACAUUUGAAGAAUUAAACAGUGUCAUAAAAUGCAUGCAUUAAUAGCUGCUUUAUUUAGUAUUUGAAAUUCUUUUAUAAGCCUGUGUGACCAUAUGUGGAGAACUGUCAAAUCUAAAAUAUCUACUCAUUAAAAGCAGGAAAGUGAACUAGCUU